ACCCUUUUCCCCGCCCCCUCCUGUUUCCCUCCCCAAACGACGGUGGCCGCAUUGGGAGCAAAAGCAACCAGCACUUUGACUAGGGUCAUGCCAGAGCCUGCGCUCAGGCCUUAGAGCAGCGUGUGCGCGUGCGCUUGCGCAGAGGCGCAUCGCUGGAAGGUACGCUGAGUCUUGGAGGUGGAGGUGCUGCGCCCGGCAGUAUUUCCUAAAUGACCUUACACCCUUUGCCAUACUGGUCCUGGGCCAAGAUCGGCCAGUCAAAGUCCUUACCCAGAAUUUUUUGAACUGAAAUUGAGAGAAAAUCCCUCGUCAGUGUGGAAGCCAUAAAAUGUAAAACACAGGAGCUAUCAACAGUCAUGUGUCCUGCUGUAUGGAACCAGCUAGCCUGUGAAAAGGAAGCCGACCUGCCAAAGGCAGCAGAGCAGGCUGGAAAGAUGGCCCAGUGGGUAAAGACCCUUGGAGUGGAGCCUGACAACACAAGUAUAAUCCCCAGGACCACAUGGUAGAAGAAAAGAACCAACUCCCAAAGCUGUUCUCUGAUGCCAUGGCAUGGGCACACACCCCACACACAGGGGAAAUAAGAUUUAAUGAAAAGCAAACUAUCAAGCCAAGCAGUGGUGGUGGACACCUUUAAUCCCAGGAUUCAAGAGGCAGAGGCAGGUUGAUCUCCAAGGCCAGCCUGAUUGACAGAAACCAUGUGUGCUCAGUACUGCAUCUCCUUUGCUGAUGUUGAAAAAGCUCAUGUCAACAUCCGAGAUUCUGUCCAUCUCACGCCAGUGCUAACAAGCUCCAUUUUGAAUCAAAUAGCAGGGCGCAGUCUUUUCUUCAAAUGUGAACUCUUCCAGAAAACUGGAUCUUUUAAGAUUCGUGGUGCUCUUAAUGCCAUCAGAGGCUUAAUCUCUGACACUUUGGAAGGGAAGCCCAAAGCCGUUGUUACUCACAGCAGUGGAAACCAUGGCCAGGCUCUCACCUAUGCUGCCAAACUGGAAGGGAUUCCUGCUUAUAUUGUGGUGCCUCAAACCGCUCCCAACUGCAAGAAACUGGCAAUACAAGCCUAUGGAGCCUCUAUAGUAUAUAGUGAGCAAAGUGACGAGUCCAGAGAAAAGGUCACACAAAGAAUUUUGCAAGAAACAGAAGGCAUCUUGGUCCAUCCCAACCAGGAGCCUGCGGUGAUAGCUGGACAAGGGACAAUUGCCUUGGAAGUACUGAAUCAGGUUCCCUUGGUGGAUGCAUUCGUGGUACCAGUAGGGGGAGGAGGAAUGGUUGCUGGAAUAGCCAUUACAAUUAAGGCCCUGAAACCCAGUGUGAAGGUAUAUGCUGCUGAACCCCUGAAUGCAGAUGACUGCUACCAGUCUAAAAUGAAAGGAGAACUGACUCCAAAUCUUCAUCCUCCAGAAACCAUAGCAGACGGUGUCAGAUCAAGCAUUGGCUUAAAUACCUGGCCUAUCAUAAGGGACCUUGUGGAUGAUGUCUUCACCGUCACAGAGGAUGAAAUCAAGUAUGCAACCCAGCUGGUGUGGGAGAGAAUGAAACUGCUCAUUGAGCCUACUGCUGGUGUUGGAUUGGCUGCAGUGCUGUCUCAGCAUUUCCAAACAGUCUGUCCAGAAGUAAAGAACAUCUGUAUUAUACUCAGUGGUGGGAAUGUAGACUUAACCUCCCUAAACUGGGUGAAGCAGGAUGAAAGGCCAGCUCCUUACCAAACUAUUUCUGUUUAAAUUCAUGAAAAGAUGUCUCUAGAUGAAAAUGUUUUCCAUCUUUCCUUUUAAAAUUGUUUUCAAAAUACUAAUGGAAAAGAGCAUUCCAGUAAGUUAUAGUUUGGAGACCAAGUAGUAGUGUAAACCCCCACACUCAGUACAGGCAUGGACAGCUGAAAUGGAAAGCACGAACUGCCUCGUCACUACCACACUCCCUCCCACUGGAGUCCUGCAGUAGACAGAGCCCAUGAAUCCAUUAUUCCAUGUCCACUUCAGACACUGUUGAGAUCUCACUUUUCACCCACGGUUCUGGUUCUGGUACAUAUGGAUCAUAAGUCCAUUUGGGGAAAACUCGCUUAUAGAGAUUCAUUAAUACUGUAUCCUGAGAUUUUAGCUUCCCAUCAAAACUGCAUUUCAUAUGGCCAUGAGUACCUAGAAGGAAAACAGAAAGUUGGUCACAGUAAGACAUGUAGUGAACUUUACAGUCCAAUAGUUCCUUUGUAACACUGGGGAAUCCCAGACUCUUACCUAGAGGCUCUUUGAUGUGUCCCCUGCGGCCCCACUUGGUUCUCAGUUCCACAGGCUUAAACCACAUCACAUCCUCUUAGAAUGGAAUACACGGACACAAAAUUAAACGUUUACCCACGGUGUCAAGCCCAUCUUCCCACCACAGGGAAACAUUCCUUCAUUCAUGCCUACCUCUGUUGAAAAACAUGUAACGUACUACUGCCAUCUUAGUAAAAAUUUUGAAAGGAUGACCACUCAGAACAACUCUCUUGAUGACCAUCCUGUCUGGAUCCACUGACAACAGAUGGCCUGUAGCAAUGAGGCUGUGCAUUCCUAGGAAAGGAGAGCAGCUGUGAACUACAGGACCAAUCCUUCAGCUACUACUCUGAUCUAUGCAUAUUUCUAUUGAGCCAGUUCCCCCAAACCUAUCCUUAAAUAUAGUACUCUAAGUAGCCUCCACUGAAGUGUGACAUAGGAAAGAACUAGUUUAUCACCCUGGGCUUACUUUCACCCUCAAUGAGGUUGAACUGGUAUUUUUGAAAGCCUACCAGUAAACUUUUUUUUUAAGAUUUAUCUAUUAUGAAUAGAACAUUCAGCCUCCAUUUUUAUGUCUGCACGCCAGAAGGUGGCACCAGAUCUCACUAUGGAUGGUUGUGAGCCACCAUGUGGUUGCUGGGAAUUGAACUCAGGACCUCUGGAAGAGCAGUCUGUGCUCUUAACCCCUGAGCCACCUCUCCAGCGCCCUACCAGUAUAUCUUAAUACAGUUAGACCCCAGGUUUAAGUACAGAUGGUCCUAGUAAUUUCAAUCAUGUACCAUUUAGAAUUCAACAUACCAUUACUUCUCUGCUUGAAAAGUAGCACAGAUGCAGGAGGAAAAGUGAUUGGCGCAAACACUGUCACCACUAAAGCCGCAUCAGCAGUCAGGAAUCUCUGAAAUUUAUGUUUAUCAGCUUCCAUAGCAACGGUUCAAAAUAAAUAGAAAAAAAGAGAAAACCCUUUUGAGAAACCAAUAAGCAAUCCAAGAGCUGUCAAAAGCUAUGUUGCUGCCACACAGCCCCCCGCCUUUUAAAAUUAGUGAUUACGAUCCAUGUUUUUAUUUAUGUGUAGGUGUCUGGGUAUGGGUAUAUAUGAUGUGGGUGUGCAUGUGUGGAGGUGCCUCUAAGCUGACCAGUGUAGAUACUGGGAAUUGAACCCAGGUCCUCUGCAGGCUCCCAUCUGUUUCAUUUUGACAGGUCUCAUCUUCUGCAAGCUUUCCUUGAACUUGCUAUGUACCUUCCUCCACCUCUCAAGGGCAAGGAUAUCUUAUCCAGCUUCAUCUUGUAUUUCCCUACAUUACUAACUCUCAGACACCUGCCCAUCAAUACAAUUAAAAGAUAAAACUUAGUCCCACCAUUGAGACAGAAUUUUUUUUUUUUUUUGGUUUUUCGAGACAGGGUUUCUCUGUGGCUUUGGAGGCUGUCCUGGAACUCCCUUGGUAGUCCAGGCUGGUCUCGAACUUACAGAGAUCCGACUGCCUCUGCCUCCCGAGUGCUGGGAUUAAAGGCGUGCGCCACCAACGCCCGGCUCAUUGAGACAGAAUUAAUGCUACUAUUGGCAUUGCAAGUCCUCCCAGGUGACUGAUCUUACCACAACCAAUACUUUUACUCAGUCUUGAGCUCUUUUGAGCAGGACAGUAAGCAGAAAAGCUCUAUUCAUCUGUAAUGUAGUUAUUACUUUCUUAAAUUAAGGCAUUUUAAUAUAUCUUAUUUAUUUUGGUGGUGAAGGCAUAUGUGCUACAGCACUGGAAUACAAGUCAGAGAACAGCUAUUCCCUUCCAUCAUGUAGAUCAGAAAACCUCCCUGUAUUCCCACCAUUCUGAAGGUCAAGGAAGGCCAGCUUUGGCUACAUAUUAAACCUUGUCUUGAGAAAUCUCAAUAAAGAAAACAAGACAAUGCAGUUAGACCCUCCUAACCCUGUCAAAAAACAAAUACAAGACACUCCAUGUUUCAGUAAAACUUUGUUUACAAAAUGACAUGACAGAUGGAAAAUUUAUCCACAGCACCAGUAAUGCUGUCACCAUCUCUGUCUCCUGUCACUGAAAGGGAAGUGAGCUAUGGUAUUGUUCAAUAGUCCCAAAUGAGUGGGCAACACAUAUUCCUACUCCUAAAGUUACCAACCCUGGUUUGAAGCCUACUCUGGAACAAUACUCGUAGCACAGAAGCCUCAGCACAACACAGUUCGCAUCACUGGGAUGCUUCAGACAGGUUCAGACAUUGAAUAAAAACAUCAUUGGCUCCUAAGUCAGAGUACUGAAAAGAUCUUCACCCCAGAGACUAAAGACAACAGGUUACAAGACCCCAACAGCUUCCAUGCUAACCUGCUGUGUGCUGAGAGAAUAAGGGUGAGGCUCGGAAGCGCCUGAAUCCACAGUGGAAGAUCAGUUCUUCUUUGGCCUUCACAGGUUCUGUGUUGCCAGGGUUCCGACUCACCACCAUAUUCAAUACAGACAUCUGAGGACCAAAUAAGAAAGAGCUUCAUAGUCUAGGCAUAUAACAACCUAACCUGAAAGGCAAACCAAAUAUCAGUUUCACUCUAAGAAUUAAGCAUGCUAGUUCAUGACAUGAUGUCAUUAUAAAUAGUCCUUUUUACCCACCACCUUGCAGGUACAUACAGGCCUUAUCAGUGCUUCCACGCACAUGUCUAAGCUAGCUUACUGCCAUACAUGUUAACAUUGCAAGAGGUAAGCCAUAGCGAAUGACCUUUACGUUACCCGAUAACCAUAUGUCCUCCCAACCACACUCCUCCACGCCUCCACAACCUUUAUACCAGCUGCCCCACUCCCAGUGUGCAUGACGACUGUCACCUAGAAAACAGAUCUCUACACUGGCACAAACGUUUACUUUUAAGACUACUACCCUUCUGAUCAGGAAAAUAAAUAAACAAGUAGGGAAGUCUCAGAGCCAUAGACUGCAUCACUGAGAUGCUUCAGAUAGGUUCAGACAUUGUGGGUGUAACCAUCAUUGACUUCUCUAUUCUGACUCCACCAGAGAACAAAAUGUUGUACCUCUUGGAAAAAUAUUUGUAACUCUCCAUUCCCCACAAAACACUGAUUUACCUUCUGUUCAUAAGGUAGUAAAGAAAAUGCAAUCAAGGGCGCUCCUUGCCUGAAAUAUUCAACCACUGAGACAGGGACAUCAGAUACAUGAAGUGUGACAUACCAGCCAACCUGCCAAAGCACAAGACAAUCACUAGGGUUACCUUAAUGUCCCAAUAGUGACGAAACUUUUCUCCAAAUACAUGCCAAGCCUCCUCAUUCAUGGGUGUGUCAACCACCCAGAUUCAACCUUCUCAGUUAAUUAUCUGAAAUCCCUUCGUUCCCAAACAAGUAGCAUUGUGUCAAAAACAAAUUACAAGAUGGACAAGAUGGCCGGUACCUCGGCUCCCUCAGCUUCUUUUUCCUCAAUCUCUUUAAAGAUUCUUUUUCUAGUAUUAAUAAAAUUCUGAAACUGGUAGAUCCGAGCAUAAUCUCGAGGAAGGUUUUCCUUAGGGUCCCAAGGAGAUGUCCUGAAGCUCUUGAGGCCUCUAUAUUUCUGAAAUCUAAAGCACAGAUUUUAAAGUAAGUAAGAGGUUAGAUGGUGCUACAUAAAACUCACCUCACUUCUAAAAUGGUCAAGGCUCUCACUUUUUAAAAGUACUCUUAUCUAGGGAUGCUCACCUCUAGUACACACACCUGGCUUCAACCCCCACCACAGCACAACAAACCUAACAAGUCUUUUAAUUCUGGCUCUAAUAUACAUACCUGUUGUACCAGCACUGGGAGGGUUGGGGUAGGGUCAUGUGUUUCAUGUCUGCCUUAGCUACAAAGCAAAACUGUCUCAAGAAACAAAAACUACUCACUAGGCAUCAAAAUACCCUAAUGAGCUACAAAUGGGUAUGGAAAUACACACCGAUAAUCCCAACACUUGGGAGGUGGAGGUAGGAAGAUCCUGAAUAGCCUGAUCCGCAUGAGACCCUAUCUUUCAAACAAACUAAUAGCUUUAGCAAAACCAUGUCCUACAACAGCUUCUAACAAGUAUUUCAAAAUCAACUCAGACUUUUCAUAGGGUACAAAGUAUUUAUAGUGCCUGUUAUGGAAUGUGACUCUUAACCUGCCUUACUUCUAGUACCCAACAUUGAUACUGGCUUUUUAGUCAGGCUUACUUCCAGAAAAAUCGCCUACAUUUUCUUACUUUUACUUUUUUGAGCAGCAUCAUUUAAAAACUCUUAAUUCCCAAAUCCAUUCUUCUGAGCACUUACUCCUGCAAGGAAUAUUUGCUAAUUAACCUAGGUAUGUCUGUUUCACUAGGUAAUGAACCUAGGUAUGUCUACUUCACUCAGAACAAGUAUGUUGUUGCUUCUUAUGUAGCAUGUUAGCCCCUCAAGGACAAUGUGUUUUUCCCAUUUGAAUCCUACUCAAAUAAUAAAUCAUGAAAAUUUUCAAAUAAAA